CAAUUUAACCAUCCUCGGCAAUGAGAAAUAACCCUUGUUAUUUCACCCACUCUAUUCUGCAAGAUGUGGAAGAAUAUAAAGAGAAACAGGAAGACAUUAAAGAAGCGAAGUAAACGAACCAAGACUAAAAUUUGCUUGUUCUACUUUUCCGGGUAAAGGAGGUCCGAGUUAAAAUGAAUUCCCGGAACCGGUUAUCUUGUUUGCGCCUUUUUCUCGAUCAGUUGGAUUUCAACAAUUUAUUUUGAGCUCUGGUAAAUACUUCUGAUUGUCGAAACUAGGCACUGCCAAAAAGUCACCAUGAGUAAUUUGCUAUUUUCAGGUAAAAAUGGUAAUAGAAAUGCUUUUUAUAGUUCGAUAUUUUAAACAAAAUCCUCAGUCAUUAAAAUGUAAAUAAAGGUCACGCGAUGAGGGCCAUGGCCGGGACGUUUCAAUAAUGAAAAAUUAUUAAUAGCGAACAUCGGGCACCGGACAUUGGAAGACUCUUCUUUGUGGGAAAGUACCGAGAAUCCUCUUGUUAUUGCAUUUUUAAUUAAAAAAAAAAGAAAUUUAGAAAUAAAAUCAUUACCGAAACAUGUUUGGUUGUUUUUUGUUUGUUUGUUUGUUUGUUUGUUUGUUUUCCUUUAAAUCGUUUAUUUGUUUUUGAAGAGUUAUUCUGCCCAAGAGCAAGGUCGACGGAAUGCCCAAGAAGAGACUGAAAGAAGAUUGAGAGAGUUGCGUGACGAGAUGGAGAGAGAGCAUCAACAGGCGUUGCAUGACGAACAAGAACGCGCGAUAAUUGAACACGAAGAACAGAGAGAACAGUUGGAUCGUCAAAGACGUGAGAGGGAGAAAACAGAAAGAAAACAAAGAGAAGAACAAAGGCUACUACAACUUAGACUUGACUUGUUGAAUUACGAUUUUCAUAAGUGCCCCAGAAUCAAGAAAGAAGCUUUUCAGAAUUUGGAGGUAGACGACAUUGAUUUGAUACGCAUUGCUUUGAUUGGACCAACAGGCUCUGGGAAAACAAGCCUUGUGGGCACGCUGCAGCGAGCUAUUGGAGAGAAUCAGACCGCCUUUGAGCAAGGAACAGGAAAAGAAGGCAAUAUUAUUCUUGAAGAAUACUUCGUGCAGAAUAAUAUCCGGAUUGUCCACACCAGAGGAUUUUUUGCGAGAGAUGAAAAGCUUCAAGAUGAGGUGCUUGAUAUUAUGACGGGAAGAAUUCGCCUAGGAGAAGAAAUCAAACGAGACUAUGAUGAUCCUGUGAAACAGUCUGCUGGGGAUGAAUUCCAGGAGCUGAACACAGUGGCAAGAAAAACUGCAGCGUUCUCUAAUUAUAUCCACGCUGUGAUUCUUGUACUGAAAGCCAACGAUCCUCGAUUGGAAGAAGGCAUUUACAGAGGAACGCUUCAGAAUAUCAGGGACCAUUUUCGGACACACGGUAUUUAUCCAGUUACUGUGAUUACCUUCCUGGAUAUGCUUAAAGCUGAAGAAGUCAAAAAGAAAGCUUCUGAAGAGGCGGGCUUGGCGACCGGCGGUCCCGGCGGGAGAACUUACUUCAUCACAAACUACACACACGAAAAUAACAAGACGUCCUUUGCUGUGGAACGAACGGCUCUUGACAUCCUAGAUUCCGCUCUGGUCUCUGCUGAAAGCUUUAUACGAAUCCGUAAACAGCGAGAGAGAAAUCAGAUGGAAAGGGAAGCCAUGGCUGGAGGUAACGUAUAGUGAUUUUCUGCCCAUAAUUCGCAAAGGGAAACUCACCUUAUCCCCUCCGACCCACCUAUCCAUUGUGUUUUGGAAUUAAAUGGCUUUAACGCCACACAAGACACAGAUUGAACCUUAUUGAGACUGCAAAUA